UGAUGGCGUCCACUUGUCUCCGUCAUUCCCAAUUUGUAAUUGUAAUUCAAAUACUCAUACUCAUACACAUACUCCCCCUUUAUUAUUAUUUUUAUUAUCCAUUUACAAACCCUACACCUAAUCACGCUUCUCUAUUUCACCUUUUCCUCUCUCUCAACGGAAUCAACCCGGCAUCGUGAAAUUUACAGAGUGGCAUUAGUCUCAGUAGAAGGAUCGGUUUAGCCAUUCUAGUAGUUGCUCGAUCACCGCGUCUGGUCUGGUCGUUAUAGGCAGUCCGUAGGCGACUAGGCGUGGUAGUUUGUUCAAUAGCUAGUAAGUUGAUGAAGAGAUUGGCAUUAGUCUCAGUAGAAGAACUAGAACAAGAUAAUUCGGAGAAAAAGUAGUCGCUCGGACGCCGCAUCUGGUCUGGUUAUAGGCAGUCGUGACUCGUGGUAGUUUGCGCAACAGCUAGGUAGGUUGAUUAAGAGGUUAGUAACUUAGUAUCGGUUACGUGUUUUGGUGGUGAAUACUUUCAUAUAGCAUAAGUGUGAAGGUGUUGCGGUUUUACCUGGUAUUUUAAUGAUUGAAGGGAACAAGAUGGAAUGUUAAGCAGCUAAGGUAAAUGCAUGAUUCCAGUGAAAGUGUGAGUGUAAGUAGAAGAUAGCUGCUGCGAUGACCACUGAGGUUCCUUGCUUGUCUGGUCAAUGGAUCAAGCAAGAAUCACUUUCUGUUUGGAAAGAUGGGGCGUUGGGUGGAAAGAGUUCAACGAACAACGUAUCUGUUAGAACAGGUGAGGAGUUCUCAAUGGAGUUUCUUCAGGAUCGUCGUAAAGUAAGUCAAGUUCAUAAUGAGCAUGAUAAAGUUCUGAACAAUGGGACGUUACUAAAAAGUAAUGGAAACCAUCAUACUGGUUAUGAGGAACUUAGUGUUAUGCUAGGGUUGCAGCGGGUGGAUUCUGUAUGUAGCUCUGAUAUGGCAGAUGCUACUUCUGAAAGAGGAUCUUUUUCUAAGCCAAGUGUUCCGUUAGGAUCAGGUGUUUCCGAUGAUUCUCAAAGAGGGAAGAUUAAGUUUAUAUGCAGUUCUGGUGGUAAAAUUCUGCCUCGACCCAGUGAUGGAAAGCUUAGAUAUGUGGGAGGUGAGACGCGUAUUGUUUCGAUACAGAAAAAUAUCUCAUGGGAGGAACUUGUAAAGAGAACUAGUGAAUUUUGUAACCAGCCUUACACAAUCAAGUACCAGCUUCCAGGAGAGGAUCUUGAUGCUCUUAUAUCCGUUUCUUCUAAUGAGGACCUUCAGAAUAUGAUAGAGGAGUACAAUGCGCUUGGAAAUCUUGAUGGGUCCACUCGACUCAGAUUAUUUUUGAUUCCUUUAAGUGAAUCUGAAAUUGAUUGCAUGAUUGAAGCCAAUCCUAAUCAGCAGCAGAAUCCAGAUUAUCAAUUUGUAGUUGCGGUCAAUGGAAUAGUUGAUCAUAAUCAAACAAGAAACAAUGAUUCACGGUGUUUGACAAAUGAAGUUAACCAGUUGAUAUCUGCUGAUUCAACAGACGUACUUUUGGGAUCUAAUGCUAAUGAGACUCAAGAUGGAAAAACUUUACCUUCUACACUGAGCUUUGUACCACCCGAGAUGCCAGCUCAGCCGGAAUCUGUUGUCUUGCAAGAGAAGUCUGUUGAACAAAAUGAAAAUGUGCAUCCGCAAGUUGUAACUGAGAUGCCGAGUACGAAACAGCCUGUUUUGUACAGUCAGACAGAUCAAUUGACAAGAGUACAUGCUGAUGCAAAUUGCAUAGAUGAGAUACUACAAACAGCAAAUCAAGACGUAAGGAAAAAUGCUGGAGUGAACAAAGUUUCAAAGGAAAACAUACCAACUUUUUAUCAAGCUGAUUUUGUUUCAAACAAUACGUCAUCUGCAACUACCAAUGGUGACAUCAAUAAAGCAUCGAAGGUAAACUCUGAGCAGGUAUCUGUUCUGCAUAAAGCACAAGUCCCGGACCACAUAAUCCCUGUAUUAACCGCAACAAAUCUCAAGCCUGUUCCAGAUGCUGUGAUGCAUCCGAUCUCAAGCAGUCAUUUAGAGAAGCCUCCAGCCGAGCCUGCUCUUAGCACGCAAAGAAGUUCUGAGAAUCAGCAGUAUGUAAUUAACGGGAUAGUAAACGGUGAGCAGGGGAACAGUAAGCCACAGGCCCAUAAUCCUGAAAAGUCUUUGACUGAUCUACUUUCUGGCUUAUCCGAUAACAUAAGUUCACAUCCGAAGGUAAUGAAUUGCCAGAAGCCUAUGCUAAUAGGUCCUGAUAAUUCAGGGCUAGAGUCAUCGAUCUGUUUCAGUUCUUUGAUGCAGAAUCCAACAACAGGUGCUGGUUUGAUGAAAGAAAUUUCACUGAUGGAUGAUGAUUUCUUCAAUUUCACCAAACAGGAAGUUGGUAACACGGGUCAUGAAGGGUAUUAUGGUAAUAUGCAGAAUGAAGUCCCGUCUGUCAAGGAUAAGAAAGAAAAUCAACUCGAGUUGACUGAUCUUUUGGGAGAUGUGACUGAUUCUGCAGGUAGUUCACAUGUGUUAGAUGCUGUCAGCACUGAAGUUCACCCCUCGAAUGUAACAGAAGCAGAGAGCCCCUUCUCAGAUUCCAAUGUUGAGGAUGCUGCAACAGAUAAUGAUUGUAAAGAUGGCCCGUUCAGUAAUGCAUUAAUAGCUGAAAUGGAAGCUGAUAUGUAUGGACUUCAGAUAAUAAAAAAUGCUGAACUUGAAGAACUAAGAGAGUUGGGCUCUGGUACAUACGGAACUGUUUAUCAUGGCAGAUGGCGUGGGUCAGAUGUCGCUAUCAAAAGAAUCAAGAAAAGCUGCUUUUCUGGCAGGUCAUCUGAGGAAGAACGGCUGACUAAUGAUUUUUGGAGAGAAGCACGCAUUCUUUCAAAUCUUCAUCAUCCAAAUGUGGUAGCAUUUUAUGGAGUUGUACCAGAUGCAGCUGGAGGAACUUUAGCUACUGUUACUGAAUUUAUGGCAAAUGGAUCGCUUAGAAACGUCUUAAUAAAAAAGGAUAGGUCACUUGAUCGACGUAGAAAGCUAUUAAUAGCCAUGGAUGCAGCUUUUGGAAUGGAAUAUCUGCAUUCCAAAAAUAUUGUUCAUUUUGAUCUAAAAUGUGACAACUUGUUGGUUAAUAUGCGAGAUCCACAACGUCCUGUAUGCAAGGUUGGUGACUUUGGACUGUCAAGGAUCAAAAGGAAUACUCUAGUUUCAGGUGGCGUCAGAGGAACUCUACCAUGGAUGGCACCGGAAUUAUUGAAUGGCAGCACCACACGAGUUUCUGAAAAGGUUGAUGUGUUCUCUUUUGGCAUUACUUUGUGGGAGAUCCUAACCAGUGAAGAACCUUACGCAAAUAUGCAUUGUGGGGCAAUCAUAGGAGGGAUAGUGAAGGAUACACUUCGGCCUAUUAUACCUGACCGGUGUGAACCUGAGUGGAAGAAGCUGAUGGAGCAGUGCUGGUCCACGGACCCCACCAACCGGCCUUCGUUUACUGAAAUUACAAACCGGUUGCGGGCCAUGUCUAAGAACCUUCAAGCAAAUGGACUCAAAAAAGGCUCACAUGGCUAAGUCAAUAGUAACCACAUUGUGUUUUUCGUGUUAUACUGCGUCCUGUAUGGUAUUCAUUUUCUUGUUUUGCACGCAUCUUGUCAUUUGUUUGUUCUUUUUAAAGUGAAAGUGCUUUCUCAUUAGUAGUAUCUAAGCUUACAGAUAACAAAUUGACAACGCCUAACACCCAUUUAUCAGUUUGGUAUAUAUUUGAUCUGCACAAACUAUAUAUGCAAACACAAGUCGUAUAUCGUUUCAGAUUCAAUUUGGUUCC